AUGGCGAGGCAGAUUGGCAGAGGCAGGCUUGCAUCCGGCGGAUGGGCUGGCGUGUCAAAGCUCAAUCGGUGCACUGGAGGCACUAGCAAAAACACGCUAAAGGCCCCAAGGCCGCUGUCCGCUGUCCGUUGUCCGCUGUCCAAGAUUCGUCAGCCACUUUUCCAGCACACCUUUGCCCUUCAUUCUCCCUCUCCACCAGCCACAACGCGCCUGGGCGCCCGCCCGUCUGCCAUCCACCACUCGUUGUUCCCUGUCCCUGUCGCACCCCAAACUGAAGGCCCCAUCUCCCAAUCGUCCUCCCGCGUCCUGUUUUCGCCAACAGAUUCUGCCCAGCCAGCGCAUCAAUGCUCGCGCCUGCAUGGCCAUCCUGUCGUUCUGCCCAUCAUGGAGCAGGACCCAGACUCUGGCCCUCCAGACACGAGCGCCCUUCAUCCACAAACCAUCACCACGGCUCCCACACCGACCGGCCCGCCACCCCUCGACCUUUUUGCCGGCGCAGAAGACCGCUCGCAUCCUGAUACGCGCCUCCUUCACCCUGAGCCCGUUGCCGUCUACGCACCCUCACCCGCUGCCGCCGCCCUUCACGAUCAGCCUCCCCCCGCAACACUUGCAGCAUCUGCAUCUGCCUCCGCUUCGGUUCCAUUGCCCGCCGCUGCUGUGUCGGCAUCCCAUCUUGCUCGCGAUGCUCUCCCCGUUAUCUCUAUAGAGCCUGACGAUUUCUACAAAUCCUACCGGCCGGCUGUCGGCGCCUCUGCGUCCACUCCAAUCCUCGCUUCAGUCGACGCUACCGCUUCUCCCUCGACCUCUUCAGCCAUGACAUCCACACUCACGCAGCAGCCGAUCCUCCCAAACGGCAAUAACAGUGCAGGCAGCUCGGGCCUCACUGACGAGCUCCUUUCACAGCCAACCCGCGCUCCACUUCUGCCGCAAGGCACACGAUCGGUCUCGGGUCCAGUUGUGAGACCCAAGGGUGGUCCAAGUGUCAAAGAUCUCAAGAAAAGGUUUGAUGAAAAGGGAGCUUCCUCAACAACCCCAACUCGCAACGGCCUUGUUGUACCCAAGGCACACAAACUGCCCGCAGCCAACGGCAUUGCUGGCGCAUCCCCGCGUCAGAUGGCUUCCACACGGUCCUUUAGCAGCAAUCAAUCGUUUGCCAGCCGAAUCAAUAAGUCUGUUAUCGCCAAUAACCCCUCUUCUCCCCCCCAGCUGUCCCGAAAACCACACGCGCAGCAGCGGCCCGGUCAAGCAUCAGGCCUUCUUUUUGGUGAGGUUGCCCCAGAGCAGCAUGGCUCUCUGACGGCGGCUGGGUUCGGCAUCGACGAGAUUCGCCCCCGGAGAAUCUCAGACUCUAGCGUUCUCACAAAAUCUACGUUUCACAGCCUACCAGAUCAAGAGCAAGAUGUGGAUUUGUCGUCGCUGCCGAGUUCUUACACCAGUGCUGCGACGCAUCAGGCCCAGGCCAGCGAGUCACCAGCCAGCGGCUUUCACAGCCCACGCACACGGUCGCAAAGCGAUGCUUCAUCCCGCAGCUCCUCCAACAGAACCCCGAAUGCAAUACGGACAGGCUUAAGCAAUACCCCCAUUGCCCAUUCCGCCUCAAAAUUGCCCAUUGCCGUACGAAGGCUACAUAGCCCAACAAGCAGCUCGGGCGAUAACUCACCUUCACGCGGAACAUCACCUGCAAACCUUCGCCAGCCACCACCCGCCAGCAGUCAGAUCUCGAGAAUCACGCCUCCACCCUCUCGAGCCAAGACACCCACAUCAUUAAAUAAAACGCCGACUCCAGCUACGAGGGAGCGAAGGCCGCCCCCACCAAGCAUCAACAAUUCCGCGAAUGGCAGCAACGGAAGGUUACGGUCUCCAUCGAUGACAUCUCCGAAUCUUUCCCCCACGCUACGAAGCUCGCGGCCGCGCCAACCAUUAGCCAACACAUCCAAUAAAGCCAAGGACCCUGGAACAGCAAAGUCUGCCCGCUCCAAGGGCAAGGAACCCGUAUCAAGAAGAAGAAAAAUAUCCGCGGGGCCGAUCGACUUCGAACAGCGGCGAGAACAUAUUCGCUUGGCAUAUAGUAAAUCCAUCCGUGAAUCUGAGGCGUUAGAAGCAAAGAAAAAGGCUGCGACACUGGCUAGAAGGAACGAUCGAGGCUCGGCUACUGCCACGAAACCAACCGCCAACAGCACCGACAUUCCCCCAGUUCCCCAAAUUCCCCGCGAUGCUAUCGAUCGAGCUGCCAGAGAUGUCAGUGAUGCUGCUCCGACACCCAUGUCAGAAACCGAGUCGCCGACAGCAGCAGUGCCAUUAGCGAUAUCUCCAGCAGUGGCUAACGCUAGUUUCGAUGCCGUUGAAGACUCACCUACACUCGGCAUUCCAGGCAGCUACCCUCACCCUAGCCCCACGAUGCCACUAAUCGAUAAACGAGCUUCAAUAGCGUCUGCUAUGUCUGAAGCCACCGAAUUUGACGGAGAAGCCCAGACUACGCCACCAGUUCCUGCUCAGCAUCUACCGGAGGUGCCCAUUACUGUUGUGAAGCCCCCAAGCCCUAAUCUAGCUGCGCCGACCUCGGUAAAUGCGAACACCGAAUAUCAAUAUCCGAUAUUGCAGGCUGGAGAUGCGCAGCCGCGUGCGCAGGCGCAAGAACAUUCUCAAUUCAUGUUGGCCGAUGUCAGCCCAGAUCUACCAUCUACAUCUACGUCUUUCCACGGCCAUACUUCGUUCAUAACGCCGCAACCACAAGUACAGGAGCAGGCCCAGCAGCCCGGCGCAACUGGGCUGUUUCGAGCGCAGGAACUCGGUGAAGAAUCUGAUUGCCAAUCCGAGGUAGAUGGUAGCCAAAGCAUGCAGCACGCUGCUUAUCCACGCUCAGAGGCAGCAACGACAGAUGCAUGCACCGAAGACACCGACGAUCACGAUCAAUAUGAGCGGGCAUACGACCUCAGAUAUGGCGAUCAGCUGGAUUCCAAGAGAGCGUCGACGUGCGCUUCUUCGGAUGUCAGCGGUUUUGACGAUCUGCAUCCAUUUACAUCGGAGCGUGGCUCGUACCCUCUGGCCGGCACUCUUGGGAUACCAUCUCCAAGAUUCCGUCCCGACCGCGCGAGUCAUCAAUCCACGUGGACAGACCUCUCCGUUGAUAGCUCAAGGCAGCUCGACACUGCGGGAUCGGAGACGUUCAUGAGUAGCCCAAGCUCUGCUCAUCACACAGCUCCUUUUCCCUUGGCAACGAGUUCACGCCAGGACUCUUUUGUGGAUGGCCCGAUUUCACGAUUCGAGAAGGAACUGCCCCCAACACCGACUGAGCACCAACUUCCCGAGCUUGACACAGGUGAAGGAUUCUCGAUACCCUACUUGUCACCUGGGCCAAGCCACGGAUUAGCAUUUCUUCCUUCACCUCCUGUACACGAACCGCCACCUAUUCCGAAUUCCACAAACGGCUCCGCAGAUCACUCCAGAAACCCCAGCGCUAUUUAUGAGGCCUCUCAGUCCACUAGCACAUUAAUCAACUCGGAGCGAAAUAGCGAAGUCUAUAUAACCUACGCCAACACACCUCAAUCGAUCGACACCACUUCUUUUGACACGGCCGACAAUGACUCUAGCAAGGUUGCUGGGACUGAUAGCGAUGGAAAGUCUCUCCUUCAGGAUGGGGAUGUUCCUUCAGAGAAGGAGCGGCAUCGCCUGAUGCAACGACGCAAUGUCAUCAAGGAACUGGUCGAUACCGAAGCCGUAUUUGUGCGGGACAUGAACAUUGUCGAGGAGAUAUACAAAGGAACUGCUGAAGCAUGCCCGCGCUUAGACGACCAGACAGUCAAGCUCAUUUUCCGCAACAGUCAUGAAAUUAUUGAAUUUCACACAUUAUUCUUGGCUGAAGUGAAGGCUGCAGUUGCUCCGGUAUAUGUUCCCAAAGGUGGUCGAACCGCAAAAGCCCCUCAACUAGCAGCAAGCAUGGAGCCGGGAAGCACCAAGUCAAGCGACAUCAGUGACGCCAGCGAUCGGGAAACUACGAUUGGCCCUGUUUUCCAGCGUCAUCUAGACCGCAUGAAGACUAUUCAUGAAGGUUUUCUGCGAAACAGUGACCAGGCUGCCAAGAGACUCAUACAAAUCCAACAGGAUUCUGCAGUCAAAGUCUGGCUCACGGAGUGCAAUGAAGUUGCGAAAGACCUGACCGCAGCUUGGGACCUUGACUCGCUCCUCAUCAAGCCAAUGCAGAGGAUUACAAAAUACCCGAACCUGAUAAUGACUCUGCUGCAGCAUACUCCCCAGGACCACCCGGAUCGAGAGCGUCUCACUGCAACGAGGGACUCGCUAGAAACUGCCAUUAUUGAAAUCAACAAGACAAAGAAGAAUUUUGAGUUGGUUGGGCAGAUUGUUGGCAGAAAGCACAAGGACACGGAUGUCAAGGCUGGCUUUGCUCGUGCUUUUGGUAAGCGCGUUGAUAAGCUACAGUCGUCCAGCAGUCGUGUUCCCGAUGACCCAAUCUAUGCGAAACUGCACGACAAGUUUGGCGAUGACUUUGUCCAGCUGCAAGUCGUUCUUCGUGACGUUGAGUUCUACACGAGGCAAGUAUCCCAAUAUGUGCACGAAUUUUUGCAGUAUCUUUCGUCGAUUGAAUUGGUUAUGAGAUUGCAGCCUGGCAACUUCCCUGAAAUUGAAAGCAAAUGGGUUCAGUUCAACAUUUCCAUGCGAGAUUUGGAAAAGGUGGCAUUGGAGGGUCAUCUUGCGCAAGUACGAAAGCAAGUCAUCGAGCCUUUCGAGCAGGUCAUCAAGGCCUACGGCAAUCCUUCGCUCGCGAUGAAGAAGCGACAGAAACGCCGUCUCGAUUACGAGCGAGCUGAUCAGCAACGACGUGGCGGAAAGACAUUAGAGCCAAAGCUGAGGGAGCUCGUUGAGCAGUACGAUGCACUCAAUGAUGCGUUGAAGGCUGAGCUUCCCAAGCUGUCCAGCAUGACUGAGAAGGUUGGCAAGAUAUGUCUUGGAAAUUUUGUGAACAUCCAAGCCAGCUGGUAUAAGACUUGGGCAGAGAAGCUGAGGACAGUUUUGAGUGAUGGUCCAGAUGUCCCAACCAUCGAUGAUAUCGUCGCCACUUUCAACCGAGACUACCCCUAUGCCGCGGAUCAGAUUGCGUCCAUUGGCAUAUUGAAUCCUGAUCUGAAGGUGCGGUCAUCACAAUCUACAGAGUAUCGAUACCGGUACUCUGAGAUUGAACGCCGUGGACGCGGGUCGUCUGUCAAUGACGAAAGUGCACCAACAUUGCCGACUCCGGACUUUGGCAAGCGCAGCAGUGCCAGCAUUACCAUGUCACCCAGUGCAGCCAGCUCUACUAGUAAUGUGGCUGCAGUCACCAAUCCGCAUCAAUACUACUAUCGAGACUUUUACGGUGGUAUGCAAGGAAACAGCACCCACUCGCCGUCUCUCAAAUCUGGCGACAUGGCUGGACGUUCGCGCUCCAACACAGCCACUGGCCACACAUCUACACGCCCUAGUACGGGUAGGAGCUUUGACUCUGGAGCGUUGCAACGGCAAAGCUCAGACGUGACAUCUACUCAUCGACCAGACUCCACCGCCACGACAUACACGUCUAGUCAGGUGCAGCAAGAAAAUCCCAGGUUCUCCAACCUGUUCCACUCUGCGCUUCCUAUGCCUGAUGGCCCAGAGGAAAGCCAACGAUCAUCUCGCGCAUCAUCUCGCGAGAGGGGCCGAACAUCAGACGGCUACAAUGUAUUAUGGCUUGCGGCGUCUUUGUUUGAGUUCAAUAUCGAAACGACCAAGCACGAAGCUGGCUACCCGUAUCUAACGUACCAAGCCGGCGAGAUUUUCGACAUCAUUGCAGAGAAGGGAGAGCUGUGGCUGGCCAAAAACCAAGACGAUCCAGCAGAGAUGGUUGGCUGGAUUUGGUCCAAACACUUUGCCAAGCUAGCUGAUUCUUAA